AUGCACUGGAGCGGAAGCGCGUACUCAACAACCAAAGAGAAAAUUCAAGCGCUACAAUCUCGAGCCGAAAGGAACGAAUCAGCCACAGUCCCUCCGCCCAACCAGGCAGCUUGCGCGUUACACACCGCGCAUGAAUCGCUAGCCACACAUACCGCGUCUCCGAGAGAACCAUCCUCAGUAUUAAUAUCUAAAUCAACACAGUCACUGCCACAUGGCUUAUCCUUAUUGGCAUGGAGCUUCCCAUGGUCCCCAACAGGAGAAUGGCCCGAAGUGAAUACGGAGCCAUUGGAUUUCAACGAGCACGAAAAUUUGGUUGUGGACCAGUUGCCAGAUAUUUCAGAUUUCCCCAGCAAUAUAACCGCAGAACUGCAAAAUUACGACACCUCCACCUUCAGCUUCCCAGAUGAUCGCAUCCUGGAAGUCCCAUCCCUAACACUGCUGAACGCGGCCAUGAAAAUCGCCCAACGAUUAAACAUCACAGAUCUGAUCUGGGACAUGUCAGCAGUCAGUCCUUUCUACGGACACCAAUCAUCGCAGACGUCAAUGACAAACCCGCCUUCUUUGACUUCCUCACCGACAUCACGGUCCUCGUCAAGAACAUCUUCAUCGUACCAUAGGACUGUCUUCGAGCUACCUUCCCAUCUCCAGCCAACUCCUACCCAGCGUUUAAUCCCACACCAUCCUGUUCUGGAUAUACUGCCUUGGCCAAGUACGCGGGACAAGCUCAUUCAAGUGUUCAACCUCCCUGUCAAUCUACGUCCGCAAACCGCGCAGGAUCCUAUGGGCGUUGUGCGGCUUGUAUAUGAUAUGGAGGAUUCGGGUGGGGAGGGACUGAAGGUGAAUGGACAGGAUCCAUUCAAGCCACAGGAAUGGGAGAUUGGACAGUUGUUGUUCCAGAGGUGGUGGUGGGCAUUUGAGAGUAAUGUUGUGGAAAAUAGUAAUUGUGCUAGGAAGGACAGGGGAAAGGAGAUGCUGAGAGUGGAGUGA